CUAGGAUCCAACUCCAAACAUGCGUCAACUUUGAUUUGUACUACUGUACGGUCGGUGGUGCUGUCGGAAGAUAUUAUACACACACAUAUCAUGUGGAAAUUGAAAUCUGUGUUUUCAUAAAAACGACUAUAAAACACUGCUGCUCCAUUUGAAUCCAGAUAUCAGAUUAUUCCUUCCUGAAAACAAAAAAAAAUGACUAGUAGUUGUCUCAAUGCUCUUUCUCAAGCCAUCCACAAGAAGCUCCACCGGGCAGUAGCUAAUCCGUCGCAGAGGCGCAACUUGUUGCAGGAGCUAUUUGCAGAUGUAGCUUUAGAAGUGGAUGAUCGCGCCAAAGUUGAUGAUUUGAGUCUCCUGGGUAGUACAGAUGUAAUAGUGAAAAAGGAAGAAGAUGUUAUAUCUCCUGCAGAGGAUUUGAUUGAAGGUCCAUUAUGUUUCUAUGAUGUUCUUGCCGAGUAUUUUGCCAGAGUUCCAGAGACUGGAAAAUGUAUUCUUGAAAUGAUUGUUCAAAUGUGGACCCAAUCAUUUGCAUCCAACAUAUUUGCCCUCCUCUUCCACAAAUGGUUAUUUGAAGUUCAACUUGACAAUCCAGAAGUGCUGCUUCGCUACUCAGCUGCUCUUGUUCAAGGUGCCACUAAUGUUUUCUGGAUUGACAUUCAAACACACACAAGGCGUUUCCAGUCUCUGUUCUGUUACCUUCUGCAAGAUGUUACAUUGGUCCCCAAUCGAUUGAAUAAAAUUCCAGUUCAGGCACAACGAGAUAUGUAUCUUUUGCUUUCAAGGUUCAUGCUCUUUUACAAUGCAGCUAACAAAAUAGAUAGCUUUCUGAAACAUUGUCCAACUUUUCCAAAUGCCUUCUUGAAUGGUGGCCCGGCAGAUAUAUUUGUUACAGAACUUACUGAUCAGCUUCAAAAGUUGAAGGUGGAACCAGUACUACUGCAUUACCUUUCAGAAAUUAAGGUCCUUCAGGGCAUGGAACUUAGAAUGACUACAAGUACAAGACUAAAAACUUGUUUGUAUAGUUUCACUUCUCCUGGCGGUCUGAUGUAUCCCACUAGAGCCGUUUGUCAUACGGCCUGGGAAGCAUUGGAUUUGCUCUUUCCGGUUGGACGAUACCCUCGGCAUCUUAUAAGUUUGUUCUUUAGAUUGCUAUAUCCCUGGUAUUGGCCUUCCACUUGCUGGAACUUGUUGGAUUUUUGCAUUAAGGCAAUCCUUCACUCCUUGUUGAGGGUGUUAUUGUCCUUGUGGGCAAAGAUUGCCAAGCCAAAGUCAUCUUAGACCAUCCCCAUGCACAUGAAGUUUUUACAGAUGAACUUCCAACUUUGAAUGCAUGCCAACAGGGAAACGCAAGGGGGAAAAGGGUCUCUGAACACUUCCCGCACGCACUAUUAUCAUUAAUGAUAAUGACAACUCAUGUACAAUAUUACUCUAUCAGCAAUAAAUCUAGAAUUCAAUCCAA